AUGGCGCCGCGCAGCACUUUGCCAAAUGCAUCGGAAAUUGGGCCCGAUGGUUGCCGCAGCUGGUUCAUCGCCGCGCUUUGCUUCCUGGUGAACCUGCUGUUUUCGUCAUUUUUCCGCUGCGGUGGACUUUUCUUCACUUCAAUGAUGAGCACGUACCAAGCUACAAGGGCGCAGGCCGCAAUGCCAUUGGGUGCCUACUGCGGCUUCGUCAAUCUUUCGGGUCUCGCGGCCGGAGCCCUGAUACAUUCAUUCGGUAUGAGGAUCAGCGUCGGGCUCGGCAGCCUUCUCAUGUCAGCAGGCUGUCUUGCGUCAGCGUUUGCUACUGGAAUACCAUUCCUCGUUGUAUCCGUGGGCGUGGUCACAGGCUCCGGACAUGGAAUCCUGCUGUCUUGCGUUAUUGUCGCUGUGAACGAGUACUUCGAGAGGAGACGCGGCACGGCCCUCGGUAUCAACAUGGCUGGUGCACCUGCAGCUUCCUUCAUAUUCCCGAAAAUUUUCGAUUACUGUCUCGCUGAGUACGGCCUACACGGAACGUUCGCCCUAGUGGGAGCACUGUUGUUAAAUAUUGGACCAAUCAGCCUAUUUUUCCGUAAGCCGCCGUGGAUGCGGGAAGAGUGCUCCAAAACAUCUAAAGUCUCCAGGAAAGGAAGCAGUGAUGCAGACGAUCAACAGGGAAAAGAAGCAGGUGACCAUUCUGGUUGCAUAGCAACGACUUUGCAACCUCUACUCGGCAGAAGCGACGAGAGGGACGACUCUGUGCGUGAUAACGACAUUUUGUUUACUUCAACAAAGAGGUCGACAAUAAUCAGGCUGUCAAGGGUUAUGCAGCGCACCAUAGACAGCAUCAAAACGACAUCAAUAAAGAAUACGAUGCUGAAUUUUACGGGGACUAUUGAACCCCCGGAGAAAGGUACGGAAGGCAUGGAAGAUGAGACAAUUCCUUUGAAGAGUGAUCAUUGCUGUUGUACAGUCAAAUCAUUCGAGGAAGCACGUGAUUUGCGACAUUCAGUGAAGGAACGUCGAACACGCUCACUCCUGCGUAGCGCUAAGGAUGUUCUGUCUACGCGGCGGUUUUAUGCGCAUAUGUUCAGCUACUUCUCUUUCUGUUUCUUCUUGGAUACGUUUCUGGCUGUGGCCGUUGACUGUGCAGUGGACAACGGGAUUAGCAGAGUAGAUGCUGCGCACGUUCUCACAUUCUUCUCCGUGACCGAUAUGGCGGGACGACUGCUGGUACCACUAAUCACCGAUUACAAGAUUGCAUCUCCCCUUGGCGUCAUGACGCUAUCUUACUUCCUCAUGGCCAUUAUCGGCACGACGAUGCCACAUGCCCAAAGUGAUGUUGUAUUCUGGAUUCUCGUUGUAAGCCUGGGACUUCCGGUUGGCUACGUAAUGGUUGCCAUGUCACAAACUAUUGCAUGGGACGUUGGUGUACGGAACCUCCCCAUCGCUUACGGUUUCGUAGCAUCAGUGACAGCUGUGGGAGCGUUCAUGAGGCCGCUGGUUAUAGGAUAUUUUCGGGACGCAAACGGAUCAUACGGCGGACUUUUCCACUUCAUGGGAGGAAUGGUUUGCACAUCUGUCCUGCUCACUGGUUGGCUCUGGGCUUCAAGUAGACGAAAAAUAAACUGCAGCGCGAGACUUUGUCGGUCGCCAGAGCGGCGGGUCUAA